GAAGGAAAGGAGAAAGAGAACCAUAUACCAACCCCUCACAACACACAGCCAGCCGACCUGACAAGAGCCCAUUGAGACCCGGAGCUCCUCGAUUAAGGACCCGUUUCCCUGGACAUCCAACACACCACUUUGGAGCAACACGGUCAGAUUGUUACUGCUACUACCCACAAACCCCUCACCCCUACUCCAGGACAGAGACAUGAACCCCGUCCUGACCCAGGCUGUCCAGACUGAGGAAGAUGCUGAAACAGAGGGUGUGGAUGCUGAUCUGGCAGCUGCCAUCAUGUCCAGGAGGAUCAUCCAGUCUCUGAUCACCGUGGAGGCCUGGGAGGGAUACACCUUCGCUGACCAUCAGAUCAAGAUCAAGGAGUCACAUGACCUCUACGGAGCUGUGAUGUGGCCCUCGGCCAUAGUCCUGUGUUACUUCCUGGAUACGCACCGUGACACUUACAACCUGCUGGACAAGAACGUCAUCGAGCUGGGCGCCGGGACCGGUCUGGUCUCCAUAGUUACAAGCCUUCUAGGUGCCAAGGUGACGUCCACAGACCUGCCGGAGGUGCUGAGUAACCUGCAGUAUAACGUACUGCGUAACACCAGGGGUUACUGUCGACACGCUCCUCGUGUCGCUGAGCUGUCCUGGGGGAAGGAGCUGGAACAACGCUUCCCUCAGGCUGCCUGUCACUACGACUACGUGUUCGCUGCCGAUGUGGUGUACUGCCACCCCUACCUGGUGGAACUCUUGGACACCUUCGAUCACCUGUGUCAGGACGGGACAGAGAUCCUCUGGGCCAUGAGGUUCCGUCUGGACAGAGAGAACCAGUUCGUAGAACGGUUCCAGACCAGGUUCCAUCUGGAUGAACUGUACAAUCUGCCCAGUCUCAGUAUCAAACUGUACCGAGCAUCAAGGAAGGAGGUGGGGAGGAAGACACGGUCUGGAGAGGCAGCUUGAUAUUACCAUGCUCUACGGGGGCAGUCUGAGACACUGCAGGGGGAUGGAGAGAUGGGGAUGUGAAUGUGUGUUCUUUGAUUGAAUCCCGGCCACACACUCAGAGAAUCAACAAAGGCAUUGUCGAGAAGCGCAUUACACUUAACUCUUGAAGGUAAUUUCCCCUUGAUCCGACAUCUUUUCGGGGAAAUUGUAGUGUCAUGGCCCAGAAAAUAAUUUAUUGGAGCCCUUUUAUGUUUGGUUGUAGCUGUCCACUUUACGGAGGUUACUGUCCUCUUUACAGAGGUUACUGUUCACUUUAUAGAGGUUACUGUUCUCUUUACAGAGGCUACUGUCCUCUUUACAGAGUCUACUGUCCACUUUACGGAGGUUACUGUCCACUUUACGGAGGUUACUGUCCACUUUACGGAGAUUACUGUCCUCUUUACAGAGGUUA